AUGAAGCUCAAGGUGGACCGUGAGGUCAAGCUACGCUUGACGUUCGACACUGCAGAAGGCACCCUCGUGCUAACCAAUCUCAAGUGCUGGGUGGCGGUGACGCCAUUGCACGACGGCCUGGGUGACUCAUUGUUAGUCGCGACGUCAUGGCGCGCCUGGGGUAUUGCCCCCAUUCGUUGCUUGCAUCUGCGCGGCGUGCGCAGAGUGUUUACGAUCUUGAUCAGCUGCGUGGUCAAGAGACGCCAUUGA